GAGCUAAAGGCUAGUUAGCAUCGUUUGUUUUUGUCGUGUGUGUCAGCGAUCUGAGCCGUUUCCUUGAGCAAACACCCAGUUAUCGUACAACCCUUGGAGUGACCGACUUGUUGUCUGUCAUCUCUUUUUAACGAUGAAGUUUCAGUACAAAGAAGAGCAUCCUUUUGAGAAAAGGCGGUCCGAAGGCGAGAAAAUAAGGAAGAAGUAUCCGGACAGGGUACCUGUAAUUGUGGAGAAAGCCCCCAAAGCCAGAAUAGGAGAUCUGGACAAGAAGAAAUACCUUGUCCCCUCCGACCUGACAGUGGGACAGUUUUACUUCCUCAUCCGGAAAAGAAUCCACUUGCGAGCUGAGGAUGCGCUCUUCUUCUUUGUAAACAACGUCAUUCCACCCACCUCAGCUACCAUGGGACUGUUGUACCAGGAGCAUCACGAAGAGGACUUUUUCCUCUACAUUGCCUACAGUGAUGAGAGCGUGUACGGGAGCAGCCAAAGGGAAAUCUGAUCCCACUACCACCCCCCACCCCUCCAACCACUACCCACCUUUCCGAGACCUCCCACCAUUCAUUCAUUUAAAUAUUAAAUCCAGCUCAGCAGCCUAGAGUUCCCAGAAUAAAUAUGUCAAAUGCACUUUCACCACCCAUUCAUUACGCCCCUCUCCCAUCCAUUUAUGUCUUUAUUAUUCUGCAGUCUGAAUUGUAUUUGCCUCCAACUUUUCCUUUCAGUAGCGACUCGGGUUAAGUGGUCUCAUGGCCAGUUAUUUUUCUAGUAAUUGAUUUACUGAAAAACUGAGAGUAACGAAUAGUGUUAGGCCGUAAAUAUAGUCACCCCGGGGUUAACGGAAGAAAGACGUAGUACGUGAGUUCAAAUCCACUCUUAUUGAUAAUAAGAAUAGCUUAUUGUUUUUUCCACUCUGUUGGCUUGUAGGAGUAUAAUGUGUGUUAUGAUUUUACAUAAGACAUGAAUAGCAUCUACCAGUUGAAGGCAGGUUAUUUGUCUCUGGAAGAGUAAAAGAUAACUGUUUUGCAGCAGUUAUUUUCCUAGAAAAAAGUGGCUCGGUAGUUUUUUAAGAAUUCACCAGCUGCUGAAGUCUGAGUGAGGAUUUAGUUGGCUGCCCCACAUCUGACCUUAGCAAGGAGUUUAAUAGAAUUCAGACUAAACAAUCAUCCUCCGCUUUCAGUGGUAAGACUAUUACGUUGACUGCUACUAUGAUUAUUGUUGUUGUUGUUAUUGUUAAUUUUAGAUGGCUUAAUUUCUAAAAAGGUAUUGUAAAGCUGAGUGCAAUUUUCUCUUUUUUUUAAGUUUGUCUCCUUUUUUUAAAAAAGAAAACAAGGUUUGAACUCUGUAUACAGCUGCAUUACUGGCUCUUUCUCUCCACUCAUGACCAUACAUGAUAAAAUGUGAUGAAAAGCUA